AUGGCUGACUCUGAGCCUGGGGAAAGAAGCUAUGAUAACAUGCUGAAAAUGCUGUCCGACCUGAAUAAGGACCUGGAAAAGCUACUGGAAGAGAUGGAAAAAAUCUCAGUGCAGGCAACUUGGAUGGCCUACGACAUGGUAGUCAUGCGCACCAACCCCACACUAGCAGAGUCCAUGCGCCGGCUGGAGGAUGCCUUCCUCAAUUGCAAAGAGGAGAUGGAGAAGAACUGGCAGGAGCUGCUAACCGAGACCAAGCGCAAGCAGUGAGCCACCACCUGUCACCAGCCGAAGGGCAG